CUAUUUAAAACACCAAUGAUAAGUCCAUGACAUGAUUACUUAAAUAAAUCACAUUUUAACUUACAAAAAAGAAAAGUCAGAUUUUACAACCCAAAAGAAUCAUCGGGGUGGAGGGUAGAUAGCAUAAUGGUUAUGCAAACAGACUCUCAUGUCUAAGGCUUCAAAGUCCCACACCAUCAUAAGCCAGAGCUGAACAAUGCUCUGGUAAAUAAUAAUAAUAAUAAUAAUAAUCAGUGAGGAAAUGUCUUUGUUAUGAGCAUGUAGAGAAAUUCUUUUUUUUUUUUAUUACUAGAUGAUCUUACUUAUAGGUGGAACUUUAUUUUCCCAUUUGUAUUUGUGAUUGAUAAUGGGUUGCAAGAUUGUAAGAUUGCAGGAGAUAAUUCCACAAUGCAUCUACCAUCAAAGUUCUGUGUCCUCACUCUCCCACAGUGAUUGUUUCCUCUGUUUUGGUCUCCACUGGGUCCCCAGACCCUCUCUAGGUGCUUGACACUUAGUAGGUGCCCCAUAAACUCUGACUGACUGGGUAACAUUUGUGUGACUUGGCUCUGACCUAACUCUAAAAAUAACUUGCGUUUGAGCUGUGCUCUAUAGCUGAGGUCCCAGGGUGCUAGGUGGACUCUACAGAAAGUCGGUGUCAUUAGAUGCUGAAGUCCCUAUGGAUUUUGGACCCUCAGGCCCCUACUGGGGUGCAAAUACCCCUACAGGCUAUGCAAGGACCCACAAUCCCUCUGGUGCCUAGGUUAUGCUGGGUCUCCACCUUCCAUCUACAAUCAUGUCUGCUAUCCACGCAGCAUCAGAACCCCUGGGGUGUCUGCAUGGGUCUCCUGCCCAUGCACGUGCUCAGAGUCCACCAUCUGGAGACUCAGCUGCGCCAGCUUCCACCUCCUGGGAGUGAAGUGGGGGAGCUGCACACGUUGGCUGGUCGAGAUCCUGGAGCCCCACCUCCCACUUCCAUCCCAGGUGGCUUCUUGCAUCCUGUCCUGCUGGGGGACUGCCAUCAUCCAGAGGCCUUAGUGGGGGUUUGAGGCAAAAAGGCCCUAGGUUCUCAGGGGUGUGACAGAGUGACAGCUGUCCCCUCCCAGGGCUGAAAUGCGCAGGGACCUUUGGCUGUCCCCCAACCCAAUGCAUGUUGCAGUGCCCAGGUGGCAUUUUGGGGUCCCCAAUGGGCUGUGGGUAAAGUGGGGUGGGGAGGAGAGAAAGCUUUUCCCCAGGCCAAGUUGGGGCUCCCACUCUAUCAUAGCAAGGUGCUUCCAUCACCCAGCUGCUUGCCACCCCCUCCCAUCACCCUCCCACUGAAGGCACCCUGGGGAGCAUAAGAUCUCUGUUCCAGUAGCACCCCACCUGAGGGCCUAAUGCCUACUGACUGCCCCCCCCCCCAGUGGCACUCCCCCUGCCUGGGGACAGGAAGCAUAGGCUCUGGAGGCUAGCAACUGACCAGCCUCCCUGGCUGGACUCGGCCCUACAAACAGAAACCUUUACACCCACACUUUGGAAGACUGGGCCCAUGAGAUCCAGACCUGCCAUAGGGCACCCCCAUCUGCCACUGUCUCUACCCAACUUCUCCAGGGUAUAUCUCCCAUGCUCCCUGCCCUGCUCACUGGCCCCUAGGCCUCAAGAAUAACUUGCUGGAGGUAGUAGUGUGUGUGUGUAAGGGGGUGGAGAGGUUAGCUCAACUGGUGGAGCAUCAAAUGUGCAUGCCUGAAGCUUCUGGUUCUAUUCUAUUCGUGAUACCUGAUACUGGAGUGGUGCUUUUGCUUCCCUUUCUCUGUGUGCCUCCUCUCUCUCUCUCUCUCAUAUGUAACAAAUAAGUACAUAUAUAUAAAAGAAUAACUCCGAGCUCACCUUGGCUCAAGACAGCAGGGCACUUAUAGCUCUGGUGCCAGAGCCUGGGCUGAAGGAAGCUGUCACAAGCAUCUGCCCCAUCUGUGACCCCCAGAUCACAUCCACCUGGGAGGUGAGCCCUAGAGGAUCCCUCAGGAGGUAAGGGAGGCAGUGGAGUGGAGGGUAUAGAACAGAGAAGCAGGGGCACCUGGCCUGGGGGCAUGAAGAGGGUCCAGAGGUGACUGUCAUAGGCUGAAACCAGGGAGGGAGAAAGUCACUGGGAGAAAAGACACGGGGACCACAUCCAGUGACAGGGAAGCAGAAGAUGGGAGCAACCCUAGGGACAGGGGUGCUACAACUAGUAGGUGGCAUGGUGGCCACACUAUGUAGGUACUCAAGAAAUGCCUGAUGAGUAGAGGGGCAGCCUCUAGGUAAUCUCUGGUAGUGGCCAGGCACUCUCCCUGCCCAGUGGCCCUAGAGGCACCCCUGGCCAGCAAGGACAGUCCUGGCCUGAGGUGGCAUCUCUGCUAGUGCUUCACCCAUGUGCUUCUGCCCCUCCCCCUGCCUGUCCUUAUCUUUCCCUCCGUCUCCAUGGCGACUCACCACCUCACCAGCCUCUCUGCCAGGGAUUCAGAGCCCAGCACCCCGCCCUCUUUCCUCUCUGAGCCUGACUCCCCCCAGUUCUGUCUCCUCCCCCCCCACCCCCCUGGGUGAGCCUUGAGGCUGCAUCUUUUCCUUGGUUGUCACAUUCAUUCUCCAGCUCCUUAGGACUAACUCCUCUGGGGAGCCCUGUCCCCUGCUCCCCACUUCACCUGCUGCAGCCCCAGCCCUCCCAGUGGAAAAGCUACCCUCACAGCCUCCGCCAGUCAGUCGCUGCUGGUCCCUAGUCCUGUUGGUUGCUGGGUUCUGUCCCUGUCCCCAAGCCCGCAUCCAUGCCGCGGUCUGCCUUCUCAGUCCUCUCCUUUUCUCACCGGCUUGGCAAGCAGGAGAGAAAACGGAGCUUCAUGGGAAACAGCAGCAACAGUUGGUCCCACCCGCCAUUACCUAAACUGGAGCUGGGGCUGGGGUCCCAGCCGGCUGAGCCCCCUGAGCUGCCUGCCUGCUCCAUCUGCCUGGAACAGCUGCGGGAGCCCAUCUCACUGGAGUGCGGCCAUGACUUCUGCCCACGGUGCUUCAGCACACAUCGUUUGCCUGGCUGCCAGCUGCCCCGCUGCCCUGAGUGCCGUAGGGCCUGUGGGCGCAGGAAGGGGCUCCGAGGCCUGGGGGAGAAGAUGAGGUUCCUGCCACAACGGCCACCGCCCCCCCUUCUGCAGGAGGCCUGCACAGUGAGGGCUGAGCCGCUGCUCCUGGUACGCAUCAGCUCCUCGGGAGGGCUCAUCUUGCGGAUGGGGGCCAUCAACCGCUGCCUGAAGCACCCCUUGGCCAGAGACACCCCCGUGUGCCUGCUUGCUGUGCUGGGGGAGCCCCACUCUGGCAAGACUUUCCUCCUCAAUCACCUGCUGCGGGGGCUGCCUGGCCUGGAGACCGGUGAGGGCAGCUGGGCAGCAGGAGAGGUGCCUCUGCAGGGGUUCCGAUGGGGUGCCAGCAGCCUGACUAGGGGCCUGUGGAUGUGGAGUCACCCCUUCCUGAUGGGGAAGGAGGGGAGAAAGGUGGCUGUGUUCUUGGUGGACGCGGGGGACACCAUGAGCCCUGAGCUGAGCCGGGAGACAAAGACCAAGCUUUGUGCGCUCACCACCAUGCUCAGCUCUUACCAGAUCCUCAACACUGCCCAGGAGCUGAGAGACACAGACCUGGAGUACCUGGAGAUGUUCGUGCAUGUGGCUGAGGUGAUGGGCCGGCAUUAUGGGAUGGUGCCCAUCCAGCACCUGGACCUCUUAGUUCGAGACUCCUUUGUCCCCCACAAGUUGGGGCAAGGGCUGGUGGGUGACAUUGUCCAGAAGUCCUCUGGGAAGUACCCCAAGCUUCAGAAGCUGCUACAGGGCCAGCAAGCCCGCUGCUGCUUCCUGCCUGCUCCUGGACACCUGCAGGCAGGUGACCACCCAGGCAGCCCAGGUGGUUCAGAUGCCGACCAGCGCCAGCUGCGUGCCUACGUGGCUGAGGUGCUGAGCGCUGCUCCUCAGUAUGCCAAGAGCCGCUGCCAAGGCUACUGGGCUGAGGGCCGCCCAGCAGCCAGGGGGGACAGACGCCUGCUCACAGGGCAGCAGCUGGCUCAGGAGAUCAAGAACCUCUCAGGCUGGAUGGGGAGGACUGGACCUGGCUUUGCCUCUCCAGAGGAGAUGGCGGCCCAGCUGCAGGACCUGCGGACAGUGGAGGCUGCUAAGAAAGAGUUUGAGGAGUAUGUGCGUCAGCAGGAUGUGACCACCAAGCGCAUCUUCUCGAUGUUACGUGUCCUACCUGACACCGUGAGGGGCCUGUUGUGCAGCCAAAAGGAGGCAGUGCUGGCACGGCAUGGUGGAGCCCUGCGCUGCCUGGGCCGGGAGCAGGCAUUGCGGGCACUGGAGGCUGAGCUGCAGGCUGAGGCCCGAGGCUUCAUAGAUGCCUACACCAUGCGCUUCUGUGGACACCUGGCUGCUGUGGGAGGCGCCGUGGGUGCGGGGCUUAUGGGGCUGGCGGGUGGCGUGGUGGGGGCUGGCAUGGCUGCAGCUGUGCUAGCCGCUGAGGCAGGGAUGGUGGCUGCUGGGGCGGCUGUGGGGGCCACAGGAGCUGCAGUGGUGGGGGGCGGUGUAGGUGCUGGGCUGGCCGCCACGGUGGGCUGCCUGGAAAAGGAGGAGGAUGACCGGGUGCAGGAGGGGGACCGGGAGCCCCUCCUGCAGCAGGAGUGAUGGUGCUCCACAAGGGCCCAGGGGGCAGGAAGGAUACAAAGUACUGGGUUGAGGUUUGGGGGGCCCUUGGGCCCCACUGAUCUGGACAGUCUGGCCCAGGAGGCAUUGGGGGUGGUGAGUAGAGUGGAGAGUCUGCUUCUAGCUGUGGUCCCCACUGUUAACUGCCAUAGUGCUCAUAUCAGUGGCUCCAGGGCUCCCCACUAAAAGCAGCCACUGGCCAUUUAUUGGGUAGCCUGAGAAGCACUAUUGUUUUGAACAUUUCCCCUGUCCUACAAGUGACCUUCCUGUUCCAGGGGCAGCAUGACAAGGGACUGGGGGAAGGGGUCUAGAGGGGCAGUGGGCCUGCCCUCCCCCCUCAGGAGUCUCUUGUUCCCAUGAGUUUCCCCAGCGCUUCUGGGCAGGACAAAGGUGGCUGCCCAUGCCCCAUCCUCCUGCAGCCCUUGGGUCCUGAAUGUGCACCUGGAAAGGAGGUCACUGUUGGGGUUCUCUCUGUUUUACAUUUUGCUAGGCCCAGCCAGAUGGCUGGGUCCCCAUGUUUGUGGCAUGUUACCCCAAUCAGAGGAUAAAUUCCAAAGAAUGCUGCCUAUGCUUGUACCCAGAGCCACCCAGACAGCCCUGGGGACAGCCUUUGAAAGUUCCCCAAGGGGCAGUGAGAGGGACAGAUUCCAUUCUGGAGCCACUACUGCCCCUUCUUUCUCAGACUGUAAGAAGAUGGCUGUUCCCAGUCAGCAGGAAAAUAGGGAACAGGUCUCCACAGGGACCCUGAAGGCAAAGGGCCCCCAGGAAGAUGUCCACGUUGCCCAGCCACAAAGGAUUAAUGGACACAUUCUAUGAGAAAUAAAGUGUGUGUGCUUGAA